GAGGUAUAUAAGCACUUUCAGUGGUACCUGCUGUCUAAUUUCAGCUGUGUGUGUGUGAAUGUGUCUCAUUCUUCAUCAGUGGACAGUGAUCAUGUGGACCUCCCUUGUGCUUCUGGGGUUUUUGGUUGUCCGUUGCACGUCUGGCGCCUCUUAUACCGCAGUGCCAUCUGACACCCUGCCACUCGAUCCUGGGGUAACGCCAGCACCCAGCCUCGAUCUCUCCUACUGCCAGAUGCUUCUGGAGGCUCCAGUGCCACCUACUGCUGACCAGGUGCCCUGGUUCUGCAUGUGCUCCACCUGUCCCAACAAGGCAGGACAGAAGGGAGAACAAGGAGACCCUGGACUGAGAGGACCUCCAGGUCGCACUGGCCCAAGGGGGCUAACAGGACCCCGUGGCCCACCAGGACACAUCGGUCAGCAGGGGAUAAAGGGUGAGAAAGGUGACGAUGGAGUGAAAGGAGAUCCAGGUGUAGCGGGACCCACUGGUGCUAAGGGACAGAUUGGAAUGAAAGGUAGUAAGGGCGAAACUGGUGCAGGAGGACCGGUGGGUGACCCAGGUCCGAAGGGAGAUGACGGUCAGUGUCCAGACACCUGUGACAGUGUGCAGGGACCUCCUGGAGAACCAGGGCUGCCAGGCCCUGUAGGUCCACGUGGCAUACCAGGGCGAAACGGAGAUCAGGGUGCCAAGGGACUGAAGGGUGAUCCCGGCCUGACAGGCACUCCAGGCACCCCGGGCACCCCAGGACAGAAAGGAGAGCAGGGCCUGGAGGGGGCAUGCAACUGCCAUAAUGGAACCAAGGGGGACUCAGGGCCCAUAGGGUUAAAAGGUGAUAAAGGGGAGACGGGUGUGGCUGGAACGCCAGGAGCACCAGGAAAAACAGGGGAUAAGGGUGAUCAAGGCAAUCCAGGAAUGCCAGGAGAUCCUGGCCCUUGCAGCCCUUCCAUCCAAUCUGCUUUUUCUGCUGCGCUGAUGGCUGUGUUCCCAGCCCCCAACCUGCCGGUGCCCUUCGAACGGGUCCUCUACAACCUGCAGCAGCACUACGAACCAAGCACCGGCAUCUAUACAGCACCCGUUAACGGCAUCUACGUCUUCAGCUACCACCUGACCGUCUUCAGUCGCACCCUGAAGGUCGGACUUUUCUGGAACUACGAGCCUGUGGUGAAGAGCACAGAGGACUUGGGCUCCACCUCCCAGCAGGUACUGCUGCACCUGAGCGGAGGAGACCAGGUGUGGCUGCAGGUGCGUGACAGCAGCACUAAUGGCAUGUACACCAACUCAGAGAUGAGCAGCACCUUCAGUGGAUUCCUGCUGAACCCGGAUUCCUGCGACAUGCUGGGCGGCAGAGACUUCCACGAACCAAUAAAAGGAACUUACAUGUGGGGGAAUUAACCAUGUAACCACCCACCUAACCCCCAAUACAAUACACUAAACGUUCAUUAUUAAUUAUUAAUUUAGGUACUUUUGCUACUGUAGCACCUAAAUUACCUGUCUAUGUAUAAUCUGUAACAAUUAUAUCUAAACUCUAAACUCUAUACACGAAAACCUAAAUACUAAACCCUAAACUUUAAACAUGAAACCCUAAUCCUAACACACCAAACCCUCGAUAAAACCCACCCUAAAAACUCGAUACUGGGGGUUUUGGCUGAUUUCCCUGCUCAACCAGGAGGUCACCCACCUCUACCUUUCACACUGAAUAGUUUUCCACACAGGGAUUUGUCUAGUCUUGGCCUUUUGAACGUAGAUUUCCCAUUGAACAAUGUAUUUAGUCAAUGACUAGGCUUAUUCCGCAUCCAGAAAACCAAUCCAUGGUUUUUAAAAACAAAAUGCAUCUAAUUCCUAAAUAACUAACCUUAUUAAUAAUUAAUCUUCAUUAAUAUACACUAAUUCUUAAAGUACUAAAGUACUAAAACCUUAUUGUUCCCUAAAUACUAAUCCUCUAACCACUAAGGUCUUAAAACUAACCCUAAACGCUAAACACUGCGCUACACUAUACUGUCUGCACACUGAACUCUCAACUUGUCACUAAACACUAACAUUUAAACACUAAACUCUAAUCCUUAUACACUGACACUAAUCCCUAAAGACUAACAUUUAAACAGUACACCCUAAUCCUUAUACACUAACACCAAUCCCUAAACACUAAUCCUUAUACACUAACACUAAUCUCUAAACCCCAACAUUUAAACACUAAAUCCUAAUCCUUAACACUAACAUUUAUCCCUAAACACUGGCAAGGAAAUAUUAAACACAAAAUCUUAUUAUUUUACUACUAAACACUAGCAAUGAAAACCAACUUUUAAUUUAACAUAAAUCUUUAAAAAUAAAUCCACACUAAACUCUAAACCUUUGAAUUGGGUGCAGGUAAACAAAAGCUCAGUAAAAAAAAACAAUAAUUUGACAAUUUUAUAAAGAAUAAAACAUGAGUGUAGCUAAAAAUAAGUAAAUCCAAAAAAAAAAAAGAAUUUAUAUAUAAAACAUCUACACAGUUGUAUUGUAUGAUGUUCAGACAAAAAAGACAAUGACACAAAUGCUGUAACUGCUUCACCUAAUAAAAACCUUAAAUUCUAAAAACAUAAUUAUGGCUUGGUCAAACUAAAAUACAUUCGGCAGCAUUUUUGUGAGCACACAUUUUGGAAUGAUGACGAUGCUGAUGAUGAUGAAUGGAAUUAAAAUGAAAUGAAUUAAGUCAUAUUAAAUUUAAUGUGAAAUGUUGGUGUUGAAAGAGUUUCUUUAUGACUUUUAUUUUGUAGUACUGUAGACAAUAAACUGCAGAGAUUUAUGUGAUGAAUCACUUUAAAUGUGAA